AUUUUACUUCGUAUAAAACGAUCGCCGAAGCCUCAGCGGUAUCGCUACGUGAGAUGAACCCAUUGGCUACGGUUACGGUCAGUGAUGAGAAUAGUUUUGACAUUAGAAAGUUCAGUACGGUGUCGAUCGAUAUCGGGUUCGAUUUCGCGAAAGCGAAAGCUAUCGCUGAAUCGGCACGGGGAGCGGGCGUUGCUACGUUUAUGUCAUUUGGAGUGGGAGGGGUCGGCUGGUGGACUGCUGAUUUGGUGAAACAUAGAGUGUUGGAGAGAUCACUGGGGACCAAAACGGCUGUG